UUGAGUGUGAUUCCCAAAAACAUCUAAAUCAAUAUCGAUAGGAAAAAUGGGAAGGAAAUGUUUAUUCAUCGAGUUCCCUUUAAUAAUGAAAAUUAAAUUGAAAUUAAUUUCAUUCUCGAAUGCCAAUAAUUCGAAGGAAAAUAGGGAGGACGAGGCCAAUGGAAAUUAUCGUAGCUGCUUUUAUCGAGGACAUCCGGAGCGCAUAGCUGUCGUCUCGACUGGAAGAACGAUGGCGCGGAAAUGCGUGAAACGUAAGCGAUAUCCGGCUACCUCGGAACCACCUUCGAAAAGUAGCUUCUUGACGCGAUCAACGGGGAAAUCAUCGAAUCACGGGCAAAAGGGUGGAGCGAGACCUCGAAUCGGGUGAAAGUCGGCAGCGUUUCGACGCGAUCGAGAUCGAUACCGAGAUCCACCCCUCUUGGGAGAGGGGGGUGGGAGAAGCGACGAUCGAUUUCACGAAGAGAUACAUCGGGCGCGGAUGCGUUCGAAUUCGAGCCACGUAGCAGCCGCCAAUCGGGCUGCUCCUCGAGGAAAUCUUUGAGGCUUUGGACUAUCAUCCGAGUGGGUGGGCGGUGUGGAUGCUUUCGUAACCAAUAAACCGAUCCGCCUGGGCUCGAUUCAAUUAGCGGUUGGGGAAGGAAUCGAGAACGAAGAGGCUUUCCUCUUCGUUCGCCCUCGUUGGAGGAGCAAAAAAAAAAGA